AUAGUUUCUUGGUUUAAAUGUUUCAUCGCUCGAUUCGAAUUCAUCGAAUUAGUUAGCAACCUAAGAAUAUUUCAGACGACAACCAAUUGGCAUGCGACGCCGGGGAAUUUAUCACGGUUUGACAACCGUGACAUGCGAAGUUUUCCUGCCCUUCUUAAAGAAUCGUUGUAUGAGAAAAAUAACGGCGCCAGACAAUGCUGCUCGUCGGCAUAACGCCGGACCCCAUUAAUGGCAAAUGGAGCGGGUGGACUGCUUGGACCCAAUGCUCUCCUUGUGGUGUUGAUACCAAGCGUCGCACAAGGACUUGUACUAAUCCUGCACCUGCGUUUGGUGGUCGGGACUGCAUCGGGAUCGACGAAGAUUUUGAGCUUUGUCCUUUAAGGUCUAUAUUUUGCCCUGAUCCCAUCAAUGGCGGAUGGAGCGAGUGGACAGCUUGGACCCAGUGCGCUCCUUGUGGGGGUAAUCUCAGGUAUCGCACGAGGACUUGUACUAAUCCCGCACCUGAGUUUGGUGGUCUUGAUUGCAUCGGGUCUACUAACGUUACUGCAUUUUGUCCUUCAAGUUGUGCUGUUACCACAACAGCUCCUCCAUCAACAACUGAAAGAGUUACCACAACAGCUCCUCCAUCAACAACUGAAAGAGUUAUCACAACAGCUCCUCCAUCAACAACUGAAAGAGUUACCACAACAGCUCCUCCAUCAACAACUGAAAGAGUUACCACAACAGCUCCUCCAUCAACAACUGAAAGAGUUACCACAACUGCUCCUCCAUCAACAACUGAAAGAGUUACCACAACAGCUCCUCCAUCAACAACUGAAAGAGUCACCACAACAGCUCCUCCAUCAAAAAAUGAAAGAGUAAAUUUCACAGCUCUUCGAUCAACAGCUGAAAGAGCGACCAUAACAGCUCCUUCGACAACUCAACCAUUCACCACAACAGCUUCUCCAACAACAACUGAAAGAGCGACCUCAACAGCUCCUCCAACAACUACUCAACCAGUCACCACAACAACUCCAACAACAACAAUUAAACCAGGUAAUUAGACUAAGCUCCUUUCUUGCACUGAGCUCCUUUGCUGUUUCUGGCUUCAAACCUAGAAUGUAUCUUACCUACUGAGGAGUUUCUUUUUACCGAUUGACUAGCUCGCUAGGGAGAGGCUAUAUCGGGCCCCGCGGCGCCAAGUGUAAAACAUGAUUCGGCCGUUUUUUACGAAAAUCUUUGUUAUUUACUAGACAGCGUCAUUUCUUGACUUGAAAUUUAUGAAUCUUCGAGUUAACAUCUUUUGACAAACAUAAAUGGAAAAUUGUGUUUGUUUGACGAACCCGAGCUUUUAUAAAUUGCAGGUAGAUUGGCUUUGCGAUUUAUAAAUGGCAAAUGACAAGUCGUUUUGAUUUAUAAAUCGCAGCUCAGGUGACCUGCCAUCCGUGAUUUGUAAAUCGGAAUAUAUCGCGUCGUUACGAUUUAUAAAUCGCAAGUAACGUUUUGGUAAGAUGUAUAAGCCGCAUGCGACGGAACUUUGCAUGACAUAAAUUGCACUUGAGAUGUAAUCGCCGACAUGCGGGUAUGUUAUCUCUAAAUCACAAACUCGAUUUAUGAAUCGCAAACGUGCUAUUAAUAAAUCGCCAGUAUUUAACUUUUGAAUUGCAAUUUAUGAUGUGUAAAUUGCAAAUGGUGAAGUUCAAAAUCGCAAAUGUGCGAUUUACACAUCGCAAAAUAAUUUAUUUACAUUCAUCGCACAAGUUUGUAAAUCAAUCAUUGUAACAUAUCGCUAGUGAGCGAUUUGUAAAGGUUUGGGUUGCGGGCUCAUGAUCAGUCUCGCCCAGUAGCAGUAAAAAAUUCCAUCAACUUACUGCGGGAGAAUCGUGGGAAGCGCUGUGGAGUUUAUGGCCGCCAGAGGAUCUCUGGGACGGCGGAUCUCCUCAGCCGUUUCGGCAGCCUCAAGUGAGGCCCUCGGGUCAUUUCAACAACAAAUGCCGCGACUACAACAGCCCCACCUGAAAGGUCUCCGUGGGAGUUUGCCCUUUUUAAACAUAGGUUCAGGAGGUAGAUUGACCAUUCAUUCGGAUCAACAGUACCAUAUUAAGUUCUGAUCAACAUACUAUAAACAGAUUUUAAUCUAUUUGGUACCCAUUUUGCCGCAGAUAACGCUUUUAUUUCAGUCAUAACAGAGUGUAAUAAAAUAUCUUUCACUUGUUCUUUCAGGACAACAUGAUCUCGAUGCAGGCACUGUGCGUCUGCCUAGAUUACCAACUUGCUCUCUCUACACCGAUUGACGCUUGGUUGUGUAGAACAUAUGUGCAAGCGCAGCACACUUGGCCUGCUAACCUGUUGAGCAGGCCGUGUAAGUUUGGCCUACGAAUGUUCAGUAUUUUCUCGGCGAAAAAUUACAGCCGCCAUCUUCGAUUCUCACGACUGCGGAGGGCUGGGUAGAGAAAGAAAUUUUUACUAAGGAGGUUUCUUCAUCGUGCACUGAAAAAGCAACGUAGCGCAUGUCCAAAAAAAAACCACCACACCACGGUCUACAUCAAAGAGUCCACGUGAACAUGGUGCCAGUUUUGUUGCCAAGACAACUAAUCACUAUGGUGUUUCACCGACUGGGGACCGAGUUCAUGCCGUGCCUGCUGUAGCUGACGGAAACAGACAAACACGAAUAACAUGCCUAAAAAGGGCGCUCUAGUUUUACUCCUUCAUAACUGGAGGUAGUGAAAACAACUAGGGAUUGCCACAGGGAACGGACACAUGUCCAUCCAUUAAUUGCAGUGAGCGAGAAACUCUAAGCUGCUCAACAACUGCAAUCAAAGAUCUUUGCCUUUCAGACUCAACGACGACAAAGUGACAGCAAAACAAAUAAAACUUUGUACAUUUCUCACGUAUUUACUAGGGAUUAACACAACAGACCUCUUCCAUUGCACAAGCUACAACAUGCUCAACAUUAAAUAAACAGUAUUUUCAAACAUCAUUAAGUUACUAUAAAAAGUUAUUUCCUGUGGAAUUCUCACAUCAUACUGCGGAGAAAUUGAGGAAUAUGUCUUGGUAUUUUCUCUUGGUUCUUUAUAGGGCUGCAUUCAGUAAGUUAUCAACACGAAGUUGGUAAAGAUAAGUUAGCCACGUUAUCCAAUUGAUAAAACCGGUCGUUUACAGCUUUA